AUGGGAAGUCGAGUUCGCGCCGCUGGUCUGCUGGUAUACCGGGUUGUAGGUGAGAAGAAGUUCGAAUACUUGCUUCUGCAAGCCUCUUAUGAGCCACAUCAUUGGACUCCACCAAAAGGUAAGCAUUUUUUAUAUUGUACUUGGUCUUUAGGUGAAAUUCUGAUGAAUAACAACGAUUAUUUACCUGUAACAAGUAGUAAAUGGCUCAUUUAGGUCACGUUGAUCCUGGUGAAGAUGAGUGGCAAGCGGCACUUCGCGAAACUCAAGAAGAAGCUCAUAUUGAGCAAUCACAAUUGGAAAUCGACAAGAACUUCAAGUAUGAGAUGUUUUAUGAAGCCAAUGGGAAACCAAAAUCCGUUCAUUAUUGGCUGGCCAAGCUGAAGAACAACGAUGCUGUCAAACUGAGUCAUGAACAUCAGAAUUGGAAAUGGGCUGAAGUGGCCGACGCCAUAACAACAACCAAGUUCCCGGAGAUGGAGAAGAUGUUGAGGAAGGCCGAAGAAUAUCUUCAAAAGUAA